AUGGAACCUGGUAGAUCUUUUCUAAAUAAACAGCUUGAGAGGCUUGAGUGCCACUUCACCUGGAACCUGGACAAUAGCCCUACCAAACUUGAUCAACUGUGGGAACAUCUGGAGGAGAAAAUUCAGGAGGAAUGCAGUUGGCUGGGACAUCUUUAUAACCUGCUGGGCUAUGUCCACCAUGCUCGCGGUUAUACUAAGGAAGCCCUGUCUUACCUAAAGAGAGCUGAAGGGAUGAUCCGGGAGCAGGGACCAACAGAGCUCUACUCCAGGCUCCUUGUGAACCAAACAAACCUGGCCUGGGUGCACUACUGCCGAGGAGAGUUAACUGAGAGCCAAACUUACCUGGAAAAAGUGCAGAAGCUUCAACAGGCAUCACCCCCUCCACCUGAAUGCAACCUACACCCGGAAGUAAGCGGAGAGAAGGGCUGGACUCUAGUUAAGUUUGGCAAGAGUUAUAGGCACAGAGCCAUAGAGUGUUUUGAAAUGGCUCUAAAGGGAGAACCAGAGAGGAAAGAGUGGCACAAAGGGCUUGCCAUAGCCAUGAGUGGGGCUUAUCUGAAAUCAGAGAUUACUCCAGAGUUGCAGACCAAAAUUUUAGAACAGAUUAAAAAGGCAAGAGACAAAAAUCCAGAUUGUUUGUACAUGGUGUCUCUUUACUUAGUCAAGUUACCCCUUUGCCAGAGUAGCGUGCCAGAGGCAAUUGUGAAAGAAGCUCUGAGUCUUGUAGACAGAAUGAGCAUAAACUGGGAAGGUCUUAGCAACAUCCUGGAAUUUCUGCGGAGAAAAGUAUCUCUGGACUCAGCUCUAGAUGUGGCACAAAGGGCUCUAAAAAAGUUCCCACAGUCAAGUGGUGUUAAAAAGCAGGUAGCAAUUUGUUACAAAUGGAAAAUUUUCUCUAUAAAGGAAAAUAGCACAAAGAAACAGAAUUUGAUUAGUAAAGCCGUUGACUUUUACGAGGAGGUCAUCGGGUCUUACCCUCAUUACCUAAGGGGAAAACUGGAUCUUGCAACAAUGUACAGUCUUUCAGGCAAUGAACAGAGAGCAGAUCAAAUAUACAGCGAUCUCUUCCUGAAGACAGAUAGUCUAGAACCUAGAGCAUUACAACUUCUAUACAGUCGUUAUGGCUCCCAUCUGAAUUGGCUCAAACGGUCAAGUGAUGAAUCUAUUGACUAUCACAAAAAAGCAGCAGAAAUUCCAGCUUUGUCGGAGGACAGGGAAAACAGCAUCAGAAUUUUAAAUUCUAUCGUUCAGCGGGGCCAACAUCACAAAUGUGAAGAAAUUAGGAAUUUUCUUGAGAACUUGAGGGCCCAUGAAGACAACAAAUUAACCUCACAGUAA